GCACCGAAGGGAGAGAAGUAAAAAGGACGAGAAGUGGAUGUUUUGAUAGGUUUGAAGUUGUGCGGGAGUCUGAAAUGUUUUGCGUUUAACGCUUGCUGUGAAAGGAUUACGUCAUUCACCUGGGAGCACGUCACAGAACGGAAUGUGCGUUGGUGUAACUGAGCCUCUGCGUGCUGAUGUCUGAAGAGCUUUAGCAGGAGAAGAGCAGCAAGCAUGGACAUGGAAGACUUCCCUCCCCCACCUCCUGAAAUGUUGGCAGGUGACAUCUCUUUUGCAGAUGAAGAUGAGGGGGAACCCUUCGAUUUUGACGACAUCCCCGAGGCCGCCUGCCCGCCGCCCGCGCUCCCCGUCAGUAGGGAUCAGAACAAGGACAGCACUGUGAACAGCCAACCCUCGGACCUCCUCCCCCCGGUGCCUUCCUCCGCAGCUCCAUCAUCAGCAGAUGGAACAGUUGCCACAGCAGGUGGCGCAGCUUCAGAAGCUGAAGGGACAUCUGCUGUUGAGGGGACUGAUGACAGGGAGAAUGAUUUACCACCGCCUCCACCUCCGCUCCCUCCUCUGGACGAUGACGCAGAGACAUGUCCUGCAGCAACAGCAGUCAGUGAAGGCCAGAAAGUAUCCGUCAGCGACGCUCACGCUCCACACGUCGCCCCCGGUUCCUCCUCCCAGGGCAAAGUCAACCCCUACUCUGUGAUCGACAUCACUUCCUUCCAGCAGCUUGACCAGCAGCACGGCCCCGCCUCUCCCACCCCUUCGCCCACGGAGCCCCAAGAACGAGAGGCAGACGGCCAGGAUCCUCCCUGCAGCCCUGCUGGCAUCGCUUCGGGAUACUCGGUGCCUGUCCCGUGUGGCUAUGCGACCCCCUCUGGAGUACCGCUCAUCACCCCAGCUUACACCACACCUGUCAUCAUUCGACACCUCUCCGUGGAUGAAGAUGUGAUGCUGGUUGGGACUGGGAACGCCUCAGCUGACAGUGUUUUCAGUGAAGAGUAUCCACCUAUCAGAGAAGAGGAUGCUUUGGCAAAAUGGGCAUCAGAUCCCGCCAACACCGCAUGGAUGGAAAAUCCACAUGAGGUGAUUUAUGAUGAUGUGCCCAGAGAAAACUCCGACUCCAACACAGAUCCAGAUGAGAUGAUCUACGACGAUGUGGAGCUCGGCGAGGAGGGCGGCUGCAACAGCUCCCUCGACAAUGGCUGGAGCUCUAGCGAGUUUGAAAGCUACGACGAAGCCAGCGACGGGGAAGGUCGGCCUGAGAACGGCCUGCCCCACGCCUUCAUGAGAGGGAAGCCGCCGCAGAGGAAGACUCAUCUCUCUCAAGAUCUGACACGCUUGAAAGAACACUAUGAGAAAAAGAUGAAAGAUCUAAUGGCAAACACAGUGGGAACGGUAGAGCUGCAGCAGUUAAAACAGAAACACGAGCAGAAGAUGCAAAAGCUGGUGAAGGCUGCCAAGGAAGGAACCAAAGAUGGACUGGAGAAAACCAAAGCUGCAGUGAAGAAGGGACGCUCCUUCAUCAAAACCAAGUCUUUCUGUCAGGAGAAGUCGGCCUGUUUUGAGGAUGAGGAGUCUGGACUCUUCAUCGAGGUGGACUGUUUCAAUGUUGAGCCAGUGCUGUGUCCAGCACCAGAGGCUCUGUCACAGCAGCAGCUGGUCAGAAGAUGCAUCCUGGGAUCUAUUUUGGAGAGCGAGAAGAAUUAUCUCGAUUCUCUCAAGAGGAUUUUAGAGCAAUACGAGAAGCCCCUGUCGCAGAUCGAGCCCAGACUGCUGAGUGACAGGAAACUGAAGAUGACUUUCUAUCGCGUGCGUGAAAUCCUGCAGUGCCACUUCCUGUUCCAGAUUGCCCUGGCGAGCCGCGUGGCGGAGUGGGACAGCCUGGAGAUGAUUGGGGAUGUCUUUGUGGCGUCGUUCUCUAAGUCCAUGGUGCUGGACGCCUAUCGCGAGUAUGUGAAUAACUUCAGCACUGCGAUGGCAGUUGUGAGGAAGACGUGCGCCUCCAAACCGGCAUUCCUGGAAUUCCUCAAGCAUCGUCAGGAAACCAGCAGUGACCGAAUGACUCUGUACGGCCUGAUGAUGAAGCCUAUCCAGAGAUUCCCUCAGUUCAUUUUGCUGCUGCAGGACAUGUUGAAGAACACACCGGUGGGUCACCCGGACCGCCUGCCCCUGCAGAUGGCCCUGACCGAACUGGAGACUCUGGCUGAGAAGCUCAAUGAAAAGAAGAGAGAAGCCGACCAGCGCUGCGAGAUCCGUCACAUCGCAAAGGCCAUGAACGAGCGCUACCUCAACAAGCUUCUAAGUAACGGCAGCCGCUACUUGAUCCGCUCAGACGACAUGGUGGAGACGGUCUACAACGAGCGUGGGGAAAUCAUCAAAACCAAGGAGCGACGCCUGUUCCUGCUCAACGACGUGCUCAUGUGUGCCACGCCCAACAUCCGAUUUCAGGAUGGCAGCGGCAGUGGUAGCGGAAGCGUAACUCUUGACCAGAAGUUCCUUCUGAAGUGGAGCGUGCCUCUGAGCUUCGUGGAGGUGCUUGAGUUCGGGUCCAGCGAAGACGCGGCCGACACCGGGCGCUUCCCUCCUCCUCAUUCGGGCGAGAAAGUGGUGAUCAGCGCCAAGCCAAAUAAACUGUACAUGGGCCCUGGUCAGCUCUACCAAGACCUGCAGAACCUAAUCCAUGAUCUCAGCCUGGUCAACCAGAUCUCCACCAUGAUUGGCAGCCUCAAGGGAAACUACCAGAAUGUAAAUCCCACCGUGGCCCAAGACUGGGUGUCAGGACUCCAGAGGCUGAUCCUGAAGAAGGAGGAGGAGAUCAGGGCAGCUGACCGGUGUAGGAUCCAGCUCCAGCUGCCUGGCAAACAAGACAAGUUUGUGCUUUUCUCACCAGCCAUCAAACAGUCAUGGAUCAGCAACUUGCAGAUGGCGAAGCUGGCUCUUGAGGAGGACAAUGUGCAGGGCUGGUUCUUUGCAGAGGAUGAUGGAAAUCAAAUGAAGAAGCAGAAACACCCCCUGCUGCUUCGACAAAUGCCCGUGGUCAUGUGCAAACUGCAGGAGUUUAAGGUGGAGUGUGCUGUCCACAACCCGGAGCCCCACAUCAACACAGACAGCACAGCAGACACCCCAGUGGUGGGACAUGGAUGUGUCUGGGUUGCGAGUUGCACCAACCAGAUGGGACAGAUCGCCAUAGUGGCCAUGCAGAACUCCAGCCCUAAGGUGACCGAGUGUUUCAACGUGGAGUCCCGGAUUCUCUGCAUGGCGUACGUCCCAGCUGAGCAACGCGAGGAGAACGGCGAAAACGUCCCCGACGAUAACCAGGUGUCCUCGGGGAAGGCCAGCGAUACCCCCAGCGUCUGCCUGGGCAUGGAGGAGGGGAGCAUCAUUGUGUACAAGAGCAGCCAGCGCUCUAAGAAGGUGCGUCUACAGCAUUUCUUCACCCCAGACAAGUCCACUGUCACCAGCCUGGUGUACAGGAAGCAGUGCCUGUACGCUGGGCUGGUCAGCGGCUCCGUGGCAGUCUACUCCAGAUCAAAAGAUGGAUCGUGGAACAGCGACAAGCCCAAGUUACUGAAGCUGGGAGUGCUCCCUGUGAAGGCCAUGCUGGCUGUGGAGGAGCACCUCUGGGCCUCGUCGGGUGGGCAGGUCUUCAUCAUCAGCACCCACGCACACUCUGUAGAGAGGCAGUUAGAGGCCCACCAAGAUGAGGGCAUGGUGGUGUCACACAUGGUGGUGGCCGGCGUGGGCAUAUGGAUCGCCUUCAGCUCUGGUUCCACGCUGCGCCUCUUCCACACCGAAACCCUAGAGCACCUGCAGGACAUCAACAUCGCCACACCUGUCCACAGUAUACUUCCAGGGAGCCAGAGAGUGUCGGUGAGCAGCCUAGUGGAAGAGAUUGGGAAUGCUGCAAACAUCCGAAGUUCCUUCAGAUUAGCUCAGGAACAGUGUUUCCAUGGUGACCAAGACUUGCAUCGGAUGCAGUGGAGUCGAGCGUUGGAUUCCAGAGCGGAGGAGACGUUUUUCUCUGGAGUGACGAAUCACGCUUCUCCAUCUGACAACCCAAUGGUUGAGUCUGUGUUUGAGGGUUGCCAGGGCAACGGUCGGGGCAUGGUGUCCUUACAUGCUCACAGCGGACCGGUGAAGUUCCUCACCGCCGCCGCUGCAGUGUGCAACCAGCCGUCAGGCCCACUGCAGCCUGCAGAGUCAAAGGAUGUGGAGAGCACCCAGCCUCCAUCAGACUCAGCCCCCUCGCAGGGACGAGGGGUGUGGCUGGGAGAGGCGGGCUGCACUGCCAUGGCUCUCCAGGACUCCCUGUCCUCCUCGUCCUGUGGCUCGCUGGCUCCAUCCCAGGGUUCGUUGGAGCACGGGCCUGAGGACGGGGCCCUUUAUGAUGUGCUCCACGACCCGGCCCAUCACCAGAGAGGCCGCCGCUCAAGUAAGGUGGACGUCAGCUCGCUCUUGGUGGUCUCUGGAGGUCUGGGACACCGCAGGGUCAACAAGAAGACCAAGCAGUCUCGCCAUGAGGACACCACCUCUACCAUCAUGAUCUGGCAGAUCCCCUUACUCAACAUGUGACUGCAGCACCAAGGUGAAUCUGCACACAUCAAGGUCUGCUGUUAACACUUGACAGAAUAUUUGGGAUCAAUCAAAGCAACUAAGUGUCUUAUUUAAACCGGAAUGGGACAAAGAUCCGAAAAACCAGGAGGAAAUGACGGCUACCGACGGUCGAAGGUCGUACUGAGGGCGGACCUGUUGCUACCGAGUGUUGGACGUUGCUCUGUAACCUAGCUAACACAUUUCAGUGUUUCAGGUCCAUCUGGAUCUGCAGUAUUUAAAUCAGUGUUGAAAGGAAAUGAGGAGAUAACAAGCGGCGAGGUAUCUGCUGUCACGUGAACGGUUGUUGUGAGGUUAGAGCUGGGCUUUGGACAGUGGUUAGAUCAGAGUUGGACUUUGUAAGUGUGACGGCUCAGGAUUGUGUGUGUGUGUGUGUGUGUGUGUGAUUUCCUCGUGUAUCAUCUCUGAUGCUCAGACUAUUAUGUUAACAGAGAAAAGGGAUUUUUAAAAAGGUGAACUUCAGAUGAAUAAAUGAGUUUGUGAAGGCCUGAUGAGGAUCCCUGCUGGCCAGGUGUCUGUUCGUAAAGGGAGGAAGGACUUGCUGCCAACAUGACAGAUUUUCUUCUUUUUGUUUUUUACCCUAAUUCACUUUUAUUUUCUGGCAUAACAAUGUUUUAAGAAAAUAUAUAUAAAAGAUUUAUACUUUUCUCGUGCCUUUUAUGUACUUAUGUUUAUUAACAAAUCUAUAAACAUUGA